AUGAGUAUGAAGAACGAGUGGCUAUGGGAAUAUCCCGACUAUCUAUAUAGCAUAAACCGACUCAACGCUUUGACCUCAGCCACAGAGAUUGCCGCGACAUAUUCUGAAAUCCUCACCGGCAAGACAAUCAUCGUUACCGGCGUCUCGCCGGAUGGUCUUGGUCUGGUCACUGCUGCUGCAUUUUCACCCCAACGUCAGCAGCGCCUCAUUUUGACGGGCCGACCCCCUGAAAAGGUGCAGACCUCCAUAAGUACUUUGAAAGCGUCGUAUCCAGGCGUUCAAUAUGAUGCGCUGAUUAUGGACCUGUCUUCUACAGCCUCCGUACGCGCUGCUGCUGCCAAGCUUAAUGAAGACAAGAGUGUCCCUACCGUUGACAUUCUUGUCAACAACGCGGGUGUUAUGGCCCUUCCGGACCUUCAACUGUCCGAAGAUGGCAUCGAAAUGACAUUUGCCACCAAUCACGUUGGCCACUUCCUCUUCACGAACCUCAUCCUGCCCAAAAUCAUCAAGGCAGCAGAGACGUCUUCCACUCUUACCAGGAUCAUCAACAUCCCCGCGGAGCUUCCCGAGGAAGAACGUCCUGAUCUUCAAAAGGCCCGCUUCUUGACGGGCCAAGAUUGGUCCGACAAGUCUUACGUUGGCUUCCUGUCAUACGGGCAGUCCAAGACGGCCAAUAUUCUCUUCUCGGUGUCACUUACCAGAAAACUGGAAGCCAAGUACGGCAUCAGAUCGUAUGCUAUCCACCCCGGUGCAGUCACUACCAACAUCAACCGCGCUGAAGAGGGUGCCAACUCUUCGGUCCUCUCUGCCGUGGAUACCGAAUUGCCGAGCCCGGACCUUUCGGGCCUUGAAGCAAAGGGUCUCUACAUGGCUGACUGCAAGCUUGAUGAUGAGCAAUGCGCUGGAUUUGCGAGGAACAAGGAGCUCUGGGCGCUGAGCGAAGAACUGGUCAAAGAAAAGUUCGAUAUCUAG